AUGGCCAGGGGGCUGACGAAAAAGUCACACUUGCUCGAAGAGGACGAACUGGUGGUCCAUCUGGGGGAUUCAGUGCUCGCAAUGUAUUCCGAAUGGAACAUGAAGUGGGAGUUUCAUGUCGAUUGCGAAAGCAAACCUCGGGUCAUGAUCGGACAGGCGACCACUGUCACUCCGCACAGCGGCUCAGCAAAAUGGAAGACUAUCACUGUGGGACGAUGGAUGGAGAUAAAAAAAUUACUCGAAGCACCAGGUGCUAAUAUAGCGUUGACGCAAGCCGGCACCACAUUGUUUGAAACGUCUAAACGUCCCUCCAUUGAUAUCACACAUUUGGUCUUUCGAUCAAAACGCAGUGGAAAGACCAAGCAUUUGUAUGUUCAAAGUAAUAUACUUACAAAGUUUGAAUACUUCCAGAAAUGCCACUCAGCAGAAUAUUCUGAGACCCAACCCGCGGAUGACUCUCAGCUCAAGAUGAAAGGCUGCUCAGUAGAAGAUUCCGAGAGUCAAAAAGUUGAUGGAUCACAGCUCAGCGCGGAUCAGACAGGGAAUAACGAAGGGGUAUAUUGGGAUGAUUCCGAUGACGGAUGGGAUAGUGACUCAGAUAAUGCUGAACCAGAAGAGUUGACGGGUCAAGUGAAACUGAUCUAUGACGUCAGAACGAUACUUUCAAAGCAACCAUCCAUGUCACGGACACCUCUCGACAAACGUAUCGAGCAUUUAUCAACUAUGCAAGCACUGGAAACAGGGCGGCGUACCCCUUGGCCUGAGUGGGCCGAAAGCCAUUGUACUCCUCAUGGCGUGGUACCAGGUUUCAAAAUGCUCUCCAGCCCGAAGAGUCUGUACCGCCUUGCCGAUAUGUUGAUCAUUCCAGAACUUAAAGCUAUAUGCUACAAGCAAAUCAUUGACUCCUUGGAUGUGAGAUAUGUGAUCUCUGAGAUAGACAGUUCAGUUUUCCAGGAGCACGAAGAAUUGCGUGUGGCAGCUUAUAAGUUCAUGCGGAAAAACUGGAAGUCGUACGAAACCAAGGAUAUUGCUUCCUUUAUCAAAAAUCUAUCACAAGAGGAGGCGGAGCUUGUUUCAGAACACAUACUGAAGAAUCUUACUCCUUGA